AUGGGGGGCAAAUCUGCAAACAAGGCCGGCUACUUCGACAAGCUGAAGGGCUACCUCGAGGAGUACAAGAGCAUCUUCAUCGUCUCCGUCGACAAUGUCUCGUCGCAGCAGAUGCACGAGAUUCGUCAGGCCAUGCGAGGCGAGGGUGUUGUCCUGAUGGGCAAGAACACCAUGGUCCGCCGUGCGUUGAAGACCUUCAUGGGUGACUACCCCGAGUACGAGCGUCUGCUGCCUCACGUCAAGGGCAACGUCGGCUUUGUCUUCACCAACGCCGACCUCAAGGCCACCCGUGAGAAGAUUCUCUCCAACCGUGUCGCGGCUCCCGCUCGUGCUGGUGCCGUCGCCCCUGCCGAUGUGUACGUCCCGGCCGGAAACACCGGUAUGGAGCCCGGUAAGACUUCUUUCUUCCAGGCUCUCGGUGUCCCCACCAAGAUCGCUCGUGGUACCAUCGAAAUUACCACCGACUUGAAGCUCGUCGAAGCCGGCAACAAGGUCGGAGCCUCCGAGGCCACCCUCCUGAACAUGUUGAACAUCUCUCCCUUCACCUACGGUAUGGGUAUUGCUCAGAUCUACGACAACGGUCAGACCUUUGAGAGCAAUGUUCUCGACAUCGAGGAGUCUCAGCUGCUCAAGGCCUUCAGCUCGGCCAUCAACGCCAUCGCGACCAUCUCGCUCUCGAUCAGCUUCCCUACGUUGCCCUCGAUCAUGCACAGCUUGGUCAACAGCUACAAGAACUUGAUCUCGGUUGCCAUUGAGCUCGAUGAGUUCGAGUGGGAAGCUAUCCACGAGAUCAAGGACCGCAUCCGCAACCCUGACAACUACGCUGCUGCCGCUCCGGUCGCCGCCGCUGCCAGCUCUGACGCGCCUGCGGCUGCCGCGGCCGCACCCAAGGAAGAGGAGAAGGAGGAGUCUGAGGAUGAGGACAUGGGUUUCGGUCUCUUCGACUAA